AUGGCUUCCAACGACUUACGGGAAGAGCUCGGCUGCUCGAUUUGCCUGGAGAUUUACGCGGAUCCCGUUACGCUGAGAUGCGGACACAACUUCUGCCGGCUCUGCAUCGAGGACUUUCUGAAGACGCAGGAGAGGACGGGAGUGUACAGCUGUCCCGAGUGCAGAGAAGAGUUUCAAGAUCGCUCCGAUAUGAGGAAGAACAAAACCCUGCGCAACAUAGCGCAGCAUUUCCUGUCCCUUCUGCCCGAUCCGGAGGAGACCGGGAUCUACUGCACCUACUGCGACUCUCCUGUCCCUGCCGCCAGGUCCUGCGUGCAGUGCGAGACCGCCAUGUGUGACGACCACCUGAGGAAACACAACAAGUCGGUACAACACACUCUGAUUCCGCCAAGGAGGUCCGCAAGAGACGGGAAAUGCCCCGACCACCAGAAGAUCCUGGAUAGUUCCUGUGCGUCCUGCAGGCUGGAUGGAGAGCACCGGGGACACCGGGUGGAAUCACCGGAUGAGGCCUCGGAGAAGGAUAGACUUCAAGAGACUCUGGAGAAACUGACCGCAAGGAGAGGAGAGGCCGAGGAGAAGGUCCGGAAACUGCAGGAACUCAGGAGAGAGGUGCAGGGAAAAGCAGCCGAGGUCACGGAGAGAGUCGCCGUCCUGUUCAGAGACCUCCGGAGACAACUGGAAGACCUGGAGAACAGAGUCCUGACUGCGAUCUCCAGCAAGGAAGAGCGGAUCUCCGGUUCAUUCUCUGAUCGGAUCCAGCGGCUGGAGAUGGAGAAGGAGGAGCUCUCGAGGAAGAUGAAUGACAUCGAGAUAUUGUGCAACCAGACUGAACCGCUGACCGCCUUCCAGGCCCGGGACAGAGAGGACCUCCAUGACACAGCCAAGAGAACAGAGGACGAGGGUCCAAGAGAAGAGGUCCACGAUGGAGAUCUGGGGGAGACUCGGAUCUUCGAGACAUUAUUGGCAGCGUUGUCCGACAUCAUGUCCGGCGUGAAGCGGGGGGCCGGGGUCUCGGGGGAUUCAGACAUCGAACUGGAUAUAAACACAGCCGGGAACCGCGUCGUCGUCUCCGGUGACUUGAAAACCGCGUCCUGGUCGGAGGAGAACCAGGGCCGUGCGGAGACGGCGGAGAGAUUCGAAUAUUACCAAGUCCUGAGCACCGGGAUGUUCUCGUCGGGGCAGCACCGGUGGGACGUGGAGACCAGCGAGCCGGGACGGUGGAGGAUCGGGCUCUGCUAUGGCAGUACCACCAGAAAGGGGGGGCAGUCACUCUUCGGGAACAACACAACGUCCUGGUGCAUACGUUGGAGUGACAACAAGCUGGCGGCCAUGUAUAACGGGAAAGUCACCCAAUUACCUCACGCAAUCUCCCGCCGUAAACUGAGAAUCCAUCUGGACUACGAGGCCGGGCGGAUCUCCUUUUCCGAGCUGGGCGACCCGAUCCGGCACCUCCACACCUUCACCACAACCUUCACCGAGCCCCUCCGUGCCGCCUUCUGUGUGUGGACUGGGUGGGUGCGGGUCCUGAGCUGA